CAGGAAUGAAAUUUUGUGGUGAAGAAGAUGGACCCUACCAGAGUUUCAAAAGAACACGCGCACUGUGUCAGAACUCUUUUUGGACAUCAAGAAAAUACAGAUUUGCAUGAUACGUCCUUUGAAAAUCAAGAAGCGAAGUUAAUGCCAGAAUCAUGUAGAAGCAUGAAACAGGCUCUCCAAAGAGCUGUGCAGAAGGAAGUCCAGCGUGUCGUGGGAAGAGUACCACCAAGACCAGAAAAAGCUGCAAUGGAGGCAUUAGGAAUGGACCUGUACAAGAGAAACAAACCUGAGAAGCAGCCUUUUGCCCAUCUCAUUAUUGAUGACAAGAAUAUUCCAUCUGGAACUCGCAAAGUGAACCUCACAUCCUGGCAUCAUGACAAAGGCCAGGCAAACUUAUCAAAUAUGACAUUCAAGGAUGGAAAGCUAAUUGUUAAUCAAGAUGGAUUUUACUACCUUUAUGCCAACAUUUGUUUUAGACAUCAUGAAACUUCAGGAAACCUGACUAAAAGAGGGCUUCAGCUGAUGGUGUAUAUGACUAAGACAAACGUUAAAAUAAGGCGCUCUGAUGUGUUGAUGAAGGGAGGAAGCACCAAAUACUGGUCAGGGAAUUCAGAAUUUCAUUUUUAUUCUGUCAAUGUAGGAGGGUUUUUUAAAUUAAAAUCUGGUGAAAUGAUAAGUAUCCAGGUAUCAAACCCAUUGCUACUGGAUUCAUCACAAGAAGCAACUUAUUUUGGGGCAUUUAAAGUAAGGGAUUUAGACUGA